AUGAUAAUAUCAAUUCCAAGAUCCUUCCCACUAAAAAGCUUCCUUACACUGCGACAAUGUGAAAGUAAUGUAUGUUUAAAUGGCGCAACAUGUAAAGUAAACGAUCAAGACCGCAGCUUCCAUUGCCUUUGUCCAGUUGGUUUCGAAGGAUUGUUGUGUGAAUCGGAGAAAGUUUGUUCUUUGGAAUGUCACAACAAUGGAGUAUGUGUCUUCACAGAUGUCGGAAAACCAAAAUGUAAUUGCUCAGAAGGUAUUUGA